CCCAUUUCGCUGUUCCCUUCCCAGCAUCUAUAGCAGCAUACCUCAAGUGUUGGAUCUUCUCCAGCUCACAUCCAUCACCUGUCAUACCAUCAGAAAUGGCCACUUACUCAGGAGGAGUCAAUACCGAGGGGAACAAUCAGACUGUUCUAAGCACAUUACCCAAGGAACUGCCGUUAGACUUCUUGAGGACUAUCACAGAUCAGUUCUCAGACAAGCGCAUUCUUGGUACAGGUGCAUUUGGAACGGUUUAUACGGGAGUUAUGCCAGAUAGACAAAGGAUUGCCGUGAAGAAGCUUGCGGAGAGUGCACCGGUUUCACGCGACAAAGCAUUUACCAAUGAGGUUCAAAAUAUCAUGGUUCUCCACCAUAAAAAUGUGGUCAAGUUGGUCGGGUACUGCCAUGAAGGACAAAAGAAAGUUGUUCAAAACAAUGGAAGAUAUAUUGUUGCAGACGUUUAUGAAAGUCUACUCUGCUACGAAUAUUUACCUAUGGGAAGCCUUCAGAAGAACCUUUUUGACGAACCCGUUAACAUGGCUUGGGACGUGCGCUUCAAAAUAAUUAAGGGGAUCUGCAAUGGUUUACUCUUUCUUCAUAGGAUUCCUAUUAUCCAUAUGGAUUUGAAGCCUGAAAAUAUACUGUUGGACAAUAACAUGAUACCAAAAAUCGCGGAUUUUGAACUUUCCAAGCUCUUUGGCCAAGAACAAACACGGGCAAACACACAGAAUGUUGUGGGAUCAUACGGAUACAUAGCCCCAGAAUACCUAUACAGAGGUGAAAUCUCCGCUCAGUCAGAUAUAUAUAGUUUAGGCCUAUUAAUCAUCGAGACUACCACCGGCGAGAAGAAUAACCCCAAACAGAACGAACCGUCAGCAAGGGAGUUUAUUGAAAGAGUACGUCAAAAUUGGACAGAAGGACACAUAGCGUCCAGAUACUCAAAGUUAAAUGCAAAUGGCCUCCAGGAAGUAAAAGUAUUCAUUGAAAUUGGUCUAGAUUGUGUGCGCAUUGAUCGGAAGAGCAGACCCUCAAUCGAAAGCAUUGUUCAGAGGCUCGAUGGACGUUGUGCAAGCGAAAGGGCAAACCAGUUCUCCACUACUUCCAUGCGAGCAUAAACUGGGAUCUUCUAUUGAAGAAACAAGGGCAACAUGGAAGAAAGAGCUUGCUCUGUUAUUACUAGAAUGAAUUUAUUUCGGAAAUAAUGUUGCGUGUCAUUGUGGAACUUGUUAAAUUUAUUAUGGUAACUGCUAUUCCAGUAUCUCUUGUAUCAAAGAUUUUAUACUUCAAAUGCAGUGUUGUUUCUUCUGUUCA